AGUAUGUUGCACUACCAUCUCUUCCUCACAGUAGUUCGGGUAAUUAUCUUCUCCUGUAUAUAUAAGGCCACUCUCCGUAUUGUGAAGUACCCAUCACCUUCAACCUCUCUCUCUCUCUCAAAAGCAUACCAUUUCCACCAUUACAGAGAACCAUGUUGGCAAGAAGUCGUACUCUUCCAUCCAGAAUACACCAUGGCGCUGUAGAAGAGAGGCAUGACGUUAGGCACUACUUGCAAGUAGAAGUUCAACCAAAAACUCAGGCUGAGACUGAAGCCAUAAACCCUCUGUCCAACUAUUCCAAGUGCUUUGAUGAUGAUGGCCGUUUAAAGAGAACAGGGACUUUUUGGACUGCAACUGCACAUAUUAUUACUGCAGUUAUUGGAUCAGGAGUCCUCUCACUGGCAUGGGCCAUAGCUCAGCUUGGCUGGGUUGCAGGACCUGCUGUCCUAAUCCUAUUUGCCCUUGUCAACAUCUAUACUUCGAACCUCCUAGCACACUGUUAUAGGGCCGGUGACCCUGUUACUGGACAGAGAAACUACACCUACAUGGAUGCAGUGAAGGCAAACUUAGGGGGGAGAAAGGUCAUGUUAUGUGGGUUGAUUCAGUACCUGAAUCUGUUUGGCAUUGCAAUUGGAUAUACAAUUGCAGCAUCAGUCAGUAUGAUGGCAAUAAAGAGAUCAAACUGUUUUCAUAAGAGUGGUGGCAAAGAUCCGUGUCACAUGUCAAGCAAUGGGUACAUGAUAACAUUUGGAAUCAUAGAGGUGUUGUUUUCUCAGAUUCCUGACUUUGAUCAAGUAUGGUGGCUCUCUAUAGUUGCAGCAAUUAUGUCAUUCACAUAUUCAAGCGUUGGUCUUGGUCUUGGCUUAGGCAAAGUUGCAGAAAGUGGGAAAUUCAAAGGAAGCCUAAUGGGCAUUAGCAUAGGGACAUUAACAAAAGCAGGAACAGUAGUCACCGCUACUGAGAAGAUGUGGAGGAGUUUGCAAGCUCUUGGAGCUAUUGCCUUUGCAUAUUCUUUUUCCAUCAUUCUCAUUGAAAUUCAGGAUACAGUAAGAUCACCUCCUGCAGAGCACAAAACCAUGAAGAAGGCUACUUUAUUUAGCAUCACUGUAACUACAGUGUUCUAUUUACUGUGUGGAUGCAUGGGAUAUGCAUCCUUUGGAGACCUUGCCCCAGGAAAUCUUUUAACUGGCUUUGGAUUCUACAACCCCUACUGGCUAUUAGACAUUGCCAAUGUAGCAAUUGUUGUUCACCUUGUUGGUGCAUAUCAGGUCUUUUGCCAGCCUUUAUUUGCGUUUAUAGAAAAAUGGAGUGCAAAGAAAUUGCCAAAGAGUGACUUUGUAACAGCAGAAUAUGACAUACCAAUCCCCUUCUUUGGUAUUUACCAGCUUAACUUGUUCCGUCUAGUAUGGAGGACAAUCUUUGUUAUUAUGACAACCCUCAUAUCCAUGCUCUUGCCUUUCUUCAAUGAUGUUGUUGGAAUACUUGGAGCCUUUGGAUUCUGGCCACUAACAGUUUUCUUUCCAAUUGAGAUGUACAUUUCUCAAAAGAAGAUUGCACCCUGGACAAGCAGGUGGGUUGGGCUACAGAUUAUCAGUGUUACAUGUCUCUUCAUUUCUAUAGCUGCUGCUGUAGGCUCCUUCGCUGGAGUUGUUCUGGAUCUCAAGACUUACAAGCCAUUCAAAACUAGUUACUAAGAGAGAGCCAUGGGUUUUUUCUUAAAUAGUUUUAUAGAUUACUUUUGGGGAAUAAACCAAAACUAGCUCCCAGAAACCCCCCUAUACACUUGCUGUAUAAUUAAUGGCAAAAAUCUUGUAUAUGCUGUGUUGCCAUGCCAGGGCGCUUGGCCACAAAGCUGGGACUCUAAUUUGAAUCAACCCUUCAUAUAAGUUUCAAAAGCAUGUUUAUUUUUUAU